UGGGGAGGUGGCGCUUCAUCAGCCUUUAAGAAAAGACACUUAAUCCAGCUUCAGUUGCCUAGAGUAAGACUUGCUGAGGGACGGGUUUUUAAGAUUUGCUUUAAGAAUUCCGUCUAGCCAUCACUGGUACCUACGUUGUACUGAGCACAUAAUGGAAUUUCUGUUCUGUUACUCCCAGGCCAUUCACAUGGCAAACAUGACAAGCUACAUUCCCGGAAAGUCAGUACUGCAGCUCUUUUGGGACUACCUGCUCACCAAUUUUCAAGACACCCUUAGAUCUCCUCUGUUCCCGAUCAUACUGUCAGUGUCUACUUACUUUUUGUUGGUUACCCUUUUCACCAUCCUGGAUGUACUGGCGUAUAUACUCCCAGGUAUCAAUCAAUACAAGAUUCAUUCGAAGAAGCAGGUGACGUUGAAUGAAAUCCUGAAGACUCUGGGACUAACUGUCUACAACCAUUUAGUCUUUAUUUUUCCUGCCACGGUAGCUCAGUGGUACUGGAGGCCACCGGUUCCUUUGCCAAAAGAAGCACCAAGCUUGUUGGAGUUUGUUUUCGGCAUCCUUGGAUGCACCAUCCUUUUUGACUUCCAGUACUACCUGUGGCAUAUGCUGCACCACAAAAUCAAGUGGUUGUACACCACUUUCCAUGCCAUCCAUCAUGAAUUUUACGAACCCUUCAGCCUUGUGACCCAGUACCUGUCUGCGUGGGAGUUAAUCUGUGUUGGCUUUUGGACUACAGUAGACCCGAUUUUUUUUCAGUGUCACUGCCUCACUGCCUGGAGCUUUAUGGUCUUUAAUGUUUGGAUCUCCAUUGAUGACCACUGUGGCUACGACUUUCCUUGGUCAAUGCAUAACCUGAUUCCUUUUGGACUGUGGGGUGGAUCCAUUAAGCAUUAUGCUCACCAUCAGAAGCCAAGCACAAACUUUGCACCCUUCUUCUCUCAUUGGGACUGGCUUGCCGGUACAGGGUCAGGCUGGGAGCAUUCAGCUGCAUUGACAACCAGACUGAAAAAAAAAAGUUAGGAACCUUUCAUUCUUUUUGGGUUUCCAUUUUAAAAAUCCUUUCUGCUGCAAUGCAACGGAGGCUUCCUGCUGCAAAUUCACAUAUGUCCAUUUUCGAGCAGUAAUGUAACUCGGAAAGGUCUGCAAUAUGGCUUGAGUUAAUUGUAAGGUAGUCAGUAUUUGAGUGGGGGGGGGGGGGGGGGGAAUACUUAUUUCAUUAGCAUUUAUUUUGCAGAAUAUAUUUUUUUUUCACGAGAGCCAAAAGGAGACUGUCGAAGAAGUAAAAAGGAAAUGAGAUAUUUGCAAAAGGUACAUUUCAUUCUAUUACCUAAUGCAUGUCUGCUAUUAAUAAAUUGUAGUAUCUUUAUGUACUUGCUUAGUAUCUUGAAAGCUUUUUAAACUAAAAUAGGAUAAUAGUUCAUCUAGGCAAAAGACAAUGUUCCUUUCAACAGAUGUGUUAUUUAAGAUUUUAUAUGUAUUUUUGAAAUUCAAAUGGUCUUCAUCCAUUUAUUAAUUUUCUUGCAGUCAUCAGUGCUAUUGCUCCUGAUAAAAAUAAAUAAAUAAAAAUGAAGUAUAAUAAUCAAAAUGCUUUAGAAUAAGGCUGUAUAUCUGUUCCGAUGUGAGGGUUCAUAAGGCUAAACAAAAUGAACUUUACGUCAGAAAAUAAAAUUGUGAAAUGUUUAUGAAAGUAUAUUUCUAUUCUAUUGUUUCAGAAAAUUCAAAUAUAUCUGAAAUGAUUCAAAAA